AUGAAUGUUGUAUUUCAUGAUGUUUCUGAGCUUCGAAGUGGAAAGGAACAGUUGAAGAUCAUGGUGAAAGUUAUUCGGAUCUGGUACAGUCAAGGUUUCGCCAGUUCCAAACUUCCCCUUUCUCUUGAGAUGGUGCUGAUGGAUUCUAAGGGUAAUAAAAUACAUGCUACCAUCAAGAAGACUUUGAUGUACAAGUUUGAGAAGUUGAUUGUGGAUGGUAACGUAUAUAGUAUAUCAGCGUUUGUUUUGGUGGAUAGAUGUGGGGAUUACAAGACGACCAGGCACAACUACAAGAUUUGUUUCUUGUUUAAGACUGAGGUUCACCCAAUGAACCAGUUUCCUAUUGAUGUGUUUCCUUACACAUUUGUGUCUCUUGCUGAGAUUCUUUCUCCUGGGUGUGAAUCAAACUUUUUAGUGGAUGUGAUUGGGAUUCUUACUGGAGUUGGUGCUGAGAGGGAGAUUGUCACUCAUGGGAAGAAAUCUAAAAUGAAUGUGGUUGAAAUUGAGUCUGCUGGUUUGAGGAUUGAGUGUGCUCUAUUUGGAGUUUAUGCUGAUGAGCUGACCAACUUCCUUGGUGGUGGUGACCUGAAUAAUCCUGUUGUUAUUGUUCAGUUCGCUAAAGUUAAAUCUUUUCAGCAUGGUGCCACCAAGAUAUUGUUUGAUUCACCUGUACCGAUGGCUGAUGUGCUGAAGAGAAGGUUUUUGGAAAAAAGUGAUAGUGGUUCUAGGUCUCUAAGCCAGUUGACCGAUUCUAAAAGUGUAUCUGGGGAGGAUGACUUUCUGGUAUUAACUUCUAGCAAGACAAUUGCUGAAAUGAAGGAUUUGAAAAGGGAUUUUGUAUGUGUUCUGUAUGCUAGGAUUUGUCCUAUUGAAGAAGGUGUUGAGUGGUGGUACACAGCCUGUAGAUGUAAUAGGAAGGUGUAUGUUGAUGAAAAGAUGUUCUUUUGUGAAAGCUGUAAUUGUCACGUGCUUGCAGUGUAUCGUUUGCAGCUCACUGUGGAAGACCAUACAGGGACUGCUAACUUGGUUCUUUUUGAUAAGGAAGCAUCUUCCUUGGUGGGAAGAUCCUGUACUGAAAUGGUUGAAGAUACUGAAAAGGAUGAAGGUUCUAAUGGAAUUCCCGAGGAAAUUUCUAAGUUCAUUGGUACAGGUGCUCUUUUCAAGAUUGAAGUUAAGAAUUUUCAUAGUCUAAGGUUUGAUAGAUCCCGUUUUAAGGCAUCCUAUCGUGUUAAGCGGGUGUGUACUGAUGAAGAUAUUAUACAGCAAUUCAAAAAAUUGCAGUUGGAGCACAAUGUACGUGUUCAUUUGCCUUAUUUUUGCUAUACAUUUUUACCUAAUGAUGGGCCUGAUACUAAUACUUACGGGAUAAAGGUUGGGGCAUCUUCAAGCCGUGUUAUGGUGACUCCCCAGUCAACAUUGAAGCAUGAGGGUGUUGCAAAGGAUUUGAUGGAAGAUUUUGGGACUGUUGGGGAUGACAAGUCACCUAUAACUCCCUUUGCACUUGAGUCUACUACCAUUGAUUUGAAUGGAGAUACUUAG